GGGGAAUUGUUUUGGGACGGUACGUCUGGCAGAGUAACCAGACUGAGCUUCGCGAAUUUCAGGAAUCUCCGGAGUGGUGUAUUCUAUCAAAGAUGAUCCAGUCACUUGUCAUGCAUGAAGGAUCCACUAAGAACAAAAAUCCUAACUCAGCGCAACUUUACGGUCAAUGAACAGUGAGUAAAAUUCGUUUGUUUGCAAUUAAUUCAGGAUUACUGCGGAGAUUGUUUGUCUCAAAGCAAUACUUAAAUCGGUCUAAUCCCGUACUGAUUUGCUGUUGUACGUGUCCAGUAGUUGGAAAGCUUACCACGAGGUAAUGGUUGUUACAAGAGAUAACUCAUCCGUUCUGCCUGCGGCAUGCAAAUGGUGAUUUAUUUGGUAAGGCCCACAUCCCGUGGUCGAAUCGUCCGAUUGGGAAACAAAUUCGAAUAGUUACCUUGAAAUUGUUUAUCAACUUACAACGAUUGCGGAAAAUUGCUAGUCUUCCGUGGUUUACAAAGUUCAUCUCUGUUACUAUAAUCACAAAUAGACUUCAAUAGUUUAUUAUGAAGGGAAAUAGAUAACUUAAAUCAAAAUAAAAAGGAUGUGUACAGGCAAAUUCAACGCGAAAUUUAAUACAAUGUUACAAUAAUAUCGUGUGAACAUACAGCGCAAGAUAUCCCUAUCUCCCCUCGGAACAUGAUUUCGCUCCUUAAAUCGAAGUCGAAGGUAACUGUUUCUCUGUUUUAAUCAUUGAUUCUUAACAAAGUCUUCUAUUAUUGAUAGCGAUCCGGCACUUCAUGGAAAGCUUUUAAAUGAGGUCAUCUCAAAUCAGACUCGUUGACUGUGCAUAAACGUGUGUUUGUUCUUCCAACGAAACUCGUCGCGACAGAUAAAUAAAUUAGAAAAAUACCACGUUUCGUUGACUCCCUCUUCCGGCGUAAAAAAAUGCAUGUUUUUUGAGGGCAAAAUUCAAAGACCGGGCUUCCGAAAUGUUUUGCUUUAUCAGAUAAUUCCCCCGGGUAUAGAAGUAAUUUGAAUGUCGUAAAGUGCAGUACGUUUAUUUUAUAAUUUUUGCGUAAUACGAACCAAACUCUUCAUCAAACAACAGUGCCUCUCUACUUCUCGUGCUUAAGGGUGAGUAUUUUUUAUUUGCGACUAGAUGGAUCUGAAUCGAUCGAAGCAUUGUGACUUUAUCUAUUUCAAGAAUAUUCGUUUUUUUCCGGGAACUAGAGGCAUGCUGUUAAAGAAAAUUGCUUUGUUGUCAUUUUUUAUUAUCUAUUGUCUGAAUAGAAGGAUAGUCUGCCAGAGCUCGUAAAAAUUUCCUGCCAAUAAAGUGAUAUUUUAUUGUAUGGGCUGCCUCGCCUUCAAAAGUUGUUUGAAAAUGACUUUUAGAUGGGUCUGGUGCCAAUAACGAGUUGGAUUUCCAUGCUAUUUGCAGAGGGAACCAGAUGUCACAUGUUUUGCAAGCAAGUGGCAAAUCAGUUUUAUUUUUAUCUUAAGGUUAAUUUUAUCCAUUAGUUGAUGAUAUUUUAGUAAAAUUUGGUAACAGUUAAAAAGAGCCUUAGGAUCUCUUUUUAUUUCUUACUGCAAUUUUGUUGAUCAGGGUUAUUUUUUUAUACAAGUCUUCUAGUCCUCAUAAAUGUUGUUUCCAGCUGUUAGAAACUCUUCACUUUUGAAAAUCAAAGGAACAAUCUACAGUAAUAACAGCUUGAUUUUACCAGAAACCAUCCUUACCUUGCGAUGAAAAAAGAAAUUGUUGAAUAAAUGUUUUACUCUAUUCCUAAACAAAUCAGAAUAAUAUGUAUUAUUAUCUGAUUCUCUGCACCUCCAGAGUGCAACUGACCAACAUGACCUUAAAUGCAUCAUCAGAACAUCAGUUUAAUAAUUUCCAGCAGUUGCUAAAGUCUUGAAACCACUUGCUGUAUCAGCAUGCUGUUUUUAGCAAAAGUGUUGACACCAACUGAUGUAUUAGCAUACUGUUUUAAGCAAAAAUCUGAUUUUUAUACUGUGUGAUUUAAUAGGAGUGCUGAAAAACUAUAGCAUUUCUUCUCAUUAUAAUCACAUGGACUGUAGUGAAGUCAGUCAAAUUGCUAUUACCAUACACUUUAUAUUUUUUAUGUAUUGAUGUAUUGUGGGUUGCAAUACCUGGCUUUAAAAUUUAAGUGCAGGUGUGAGGAAAAAAUGUGAAGUUAAGUGGAAAUGUACCUCAAAGUACAGGGGGGGGGGAGUUGGUAGCUACAUAUGUUAGAAGCUAUGAUAGGAAUGGUUGUACUAUACCUUCCUAGUGGUGCAGUAGCCAAAGGGUUAUGGCACUGGACUCUGGGACUUAGAGUUACUAGUUCGAGACCUGGCUGUUGUGUUCCCCUCUACUCUCACAGUACCUCUGUACUCCCAGGAAUAUGAAUAGGUGGUGGCAAACUGUCAGGGAGAAUGUUAAAAAAAAGGGGAGUAACCCACUAUAGACAAUCCAGAAGGGAGGGUAGUAAUACUCCUGGUCACUUCAUGUUUUUGAGAAUAGGAUAAGCUUUGUCACCUUGUAGGCCCUUUGGCUCAACUAGUGACUUUACCUAGGGCUUGAAAUAACAGCCAGUCAAUAGACAAUGUCCAGUCAAAUAAAGGUUUUGCCUGUCAACUCCUUUAGAGGCUGACAUUUUUUCUAGUUGUUUCGGCAUGUAAAUAAGAAUUUAAUUUCAAGGGAAGUUCAUUACUUUUUGUGAAUUGAGUCCCAGGCUGCAUAUACAAUAAAAGCAUGGUAAAUACACUUAUUCUAAAAGGGAAGGGGGGUUCGAUGAGAUUUUAGGGAUUUAAAGGAUAUUUUUGUGGUCACGUGAGUUGUGUCUAAGCAAAAAUAGGUCUGACAGGACAACCUGACCAGUGCUAACCAGGAAAUUAUUGCGAGCCCUGACACCUGUCGUUAGCCUUCAUGAGGGUGGCAUACAGAAGUAAGCUUUUACUUCUUAAGCACUCAGAAGCUGAUUUUCCCUUUGGUUAUGUCAUCGUUAUCUACUGUAACAAAGCAUAUAAAGCAAACCAAACUGAAAUUUGUGUCAAGUUAUGGUAGGAAAAGUUUACUCUAAACAAUUUGUACUUUUCCUGUCUCGGUACCUGGUUUUCUCAGACUUCAGUGAAUGUUCAUUUUUGUAACAGCAGGAUAUGCUUAAUGCCAACACAAUUAGCUGUUUUGAUUUUUUUUUUUUUUCAAUUCAUGUUUUACAACUGUUUUGCAAUAUUUUUAUGGGCUUUUUUUUUUCUGUAGGGUCUGAAAAUAGUAAAUGUUUUAGAUCUUAAUUUUUUGCCUCAGUACAUGAGACUCAAACAGAGGAUUUUUUUUUCAUUUAUUUUCAGUCGGCUGUAAUGUAUUUGGUCAAUUCAUACCACCAUGUUCUCAAAAACAUUGACUCAAGCUGGGGAGACUCAACAAUUUCAAGCAACUCACGAAGUGGUAAGAGAACACGACGGAGAAAAAUCGAUUCCUCGCAUUCAUUCUCACAGAGUUCACGCAGAAGUAGUCAGACAUAUGCUAGCAGUUCAGAGAGUGGCCUGUACAGUGAAGAACUGGUCAAUUCUGGUUACUAUGGAGAUGAUGAAGUAGACCGCUGCCCUUGUACUAAAUGCGUUAGUGAGGCACUAGCGGUAAAACCCAAGACUGAUAUAGUGGCUGACUAUGACAUUAUUAGUGUAGACUCAAGCGAGUCUACAACUCCCGAGUUACAACUAAGCUGUGUUUCACCCAUAAAGCAAAGUAAUUUUGAUGAUUAUGUGAUCAUUCCUUCGUCUAAAGAGGAGUUUUUUGCUGACGCUUUAGCGCACAGCACUCCUAUCUCGGAGAAAAACAGUCAUGGGUUUGGUGCGAGCAUGAAAUCAACCGCUGUCGCUCAAGUCACCGUCAGCCUUCAAGCCACUGUCAGUCUGCGCUACUCUUGCAAAUUGCUAGAAGAGGAUGAAAGCGAUAGCUCUUUAACAAGGACUGCUGCUUUGCAGAGAAUUGCCGGUAAAAAUGAUAGCACAAGUUGUUGGUGGAGAGAGAACAUUGUCUGGCAGUUACAACAGCGAAAUGAUACUCAAACGAAACGGUUUUCACAACUUCAAACCGACAAUCAGAGUUGUCGCGCUAAAGUCAGAAUCAACAGAGAACUAGCUGACUAUUUGAAUAAGUACCCAGACUUGCGACCACAGGCCGAAACAACAUGUAACGUCAUGGUCAAUAUGGAAGUGGACCCUAUUGAGAGAUCAGAACUUUUUCUAGCGAUAAGAAACCAACGGACACCUAGCGAUGAAACUGGGGAAUAUCCUCGUCCGAGAUCGGACAGCAUCGCGCAUUUGGCAGCCACUUACUUAAAAAGGCAGAGAACUUUAACCGAAAGAAAGCUGACUGAAAGCGAAGGCUCUUACUCACCCGCAUGUGCAAGGUCCCGGAUAAGCAAUCGCGCGGGAAGACGCGAAAGAGUCCCGGGUAAAAAAUGGCGGGAAAGUAUAGUGAAUCAGCUCGAGAUGAGGAACUUUCUAGAAUUUAAGUAUUUCACAGACACCCUCGCGCGCAGAACCAUAUCUCAGUUGAGUAUAUCAGAAAAUUUCCCCCAUCCAAUGAAAGGUGUGGACGAGUAUGACAUCAUCACAGACGACGAAGUGAGUAGCUUGGACUCUAGGAGUACUCUUAUGAACUCGGCCCAUUCCACCUCACAUUCACAGGGCUACUACAGUUCUACAUUCAGCAGUCGGUUUUUUAACCUUAAACGCGGCAAGCGUAGAUAAGUCUUGUAGCCUAAACUGGCAACCGGCAUUUGAAGUGAAUUAGAUGAACGGACCCCCGAUUAUUGAGUAGCACCUCAAAAUGAAAAUUUACAUAUCGAAGAGAAUCGUAAUGUAUCUUAAACUGAAAGAAGAAAUGGUGUAUAUUGAAAACUAAAUCAUGGAAUUUAAUUUUAAUCGGACCAAACGCUCCCUAAGUCGGUAAAUCAACCGCUAAGCCCGUUUUCAAUUUGGUCAGUGACGCUGCCAGGCAACGUUACGCGUCUGAUCGGAAGAAUGAAACAGAUAGCCACAAGUGCACGUGUGGGAUUUAUUAUUGGACUAAAACAAUCGGAAAACUUCGGUUUUUUCGACAAACAGUGAUUUUCCUUCGACAGUACAAUUGUUAGUAAAUGAUACUAAAUGGAAGAGGUUGAACUUUGUAAGUAAAUAGCUGCCUUAAUUUUAUUACAUCACUUUUGUUGAACAGGGCUUCGAAGCUAAGCGAUUGUAUGCAUUAAACCCAAUAUUUAAGCA